AUGUUGUUUACUACACUUCCCCCCUUGUUUUACCUUGUAAUUUUUCUUUGCUUGUUUUCUGCUUUGGCACAACCAGAUAAAGCCAAAAACACGAUAAGGUGUAUUGAGAGGGAGAGGCUUGCUCUUCUGGAUUUCAAACAAGGCCUUGUGGAUGACUAUGGCCUUCUCUCUUCUUGGGGAAGUGAUGAUGAUUGUUGCAAUUGGUGGGGUGUUCACUGCAACAACAGCACUGGUCAUGUAACCAUGCUUGAUCUUCAUGCCCCCUUAGAUGAUGAGUAUGGUUAUUACGCUGGUAAACAACUGAGUGGCCACAAGGUUAGUCCAUCUCUACUUGAACUGAAGCAUUUGAAUUAUCUGGACCUCAGUUACAAUGAUUUUCAAGGGACUCCUAUCCCUGAAUUCAUUGAUUCCUUUAAGAGAUUACAUGUCUUGAGUCUUGUCGACACGGGUUUCACUGGUACAAUUCCUCCCCAGCUAGGUAACCUCACCCGUCUUCGAGUUCUGAAUAUUGCAGGAUACAACAAUUUGGAAAUAAAAAAUUUUGAGUGGCUCUCUCUUCUUUUGUCUCUGAAAUCCAUUUAUCUGGGUGGUGUUCCAAUUUAUAAUUUAAAAGCCAGUGUCCGCCUCCCGCCUUUUCUUGAGGAGAUACGAUUGCAAUAUUGCGAACUCCAAGAAACUUUGCCUUUCUUAUUGAAUUCUUCUUCUUCGUUUCUUUCCGUUGUUGAUUUUUCUAACAACCAUCUCACUUAUUCUUCAGUAUCCCGUUUGUUGCGUAAUGCUAGCAAACAACUCACUAGCAUUGACCUAUCAUCCAACAACUUUGCAGGCCCCAUCCCUGACAUAUUUGGAGACAUGACACUUCUUGAGAACCUUUAUCUUGAUUUUAAUUCUUUCACAUAUGGAAUUCCGAAAUCUUUUGGGAAUCUAACUCAUUUGAGAGAGAUCUCUAUAUAUUAUAAUCAAUUAAACGAAUCGAUUGUUGAGCUUUUUGAAAAGUUAUCAAGAGGUGCAGGGAAUUCACUACAAAGCUUAGAGUUGUCUGAGAAUAAACUCAAUGGUGAACUCCCAGCCGAUAUCAGCACAAAAUUUCCAUCCUUGAGACAAUUGCGAGCAGGUGAAAACCAGUUGAAUGGAUCAUUUCCUAGUUUUGGACUACCUCCCAGUCUUGAAGAUUUAGCUUUAUAUAGUAACAAAAUCACAGGGUUUUCUCAAGGCAUCAACGUUUUUGUACAAAAAUAUGGUCUUGUGAGUCUCGAUUUAUUCAACAAUCAAAUUACAGAAAAAUUUCCUGAUUUAUCACAUUUUCCGUCCUUAACCUCCUUAGAUCUCUCUGGAAAUCAACUACAAGGGGGCUUACCAAAAACCAUAAGGAAACUAUCAAAGCUUGAAGAAUUGUAUGCCUCAUCAAACCUGUUAGAAGGAGAUGUAACUGAAGCCCACUUUUCAAACCUUACCAACCUUCAGUUCUUGGAUUUAUCCAAUAAUGUAGCCUUGUCUUUCAACUUGAGAAGUAGUUGGAGUCCUCCUUUUCAACUAAGAUCUUUAUCUUUGGCAAAGUGCAAAGUAGGGCCUCAAUUUCCAAAAUGGUUACAAACUCAGAGCAAAGUAUUAGAAGUUGAUAUUUCUUUUGGAGGUAUUUCCGAUAAAAUACCCAAUUGGUUUUGGAACAUGUCCAAGAGUUACCAGUCCUUGAAUUUGUCAUACAACAACAUUGGUGGGAGAUUGCCGCAUUUCUUACCUCCUAUUGUUGAUUUGGGUUCAAAUAAAUUUUGGGGUCCGAUACUCAUAAAUCCUCAAGAAGCUUCUAUACUUCAUCUCUCAAAUAAUAAGUUUGUUGGGUCAAUUUCCUUCUUAUGCUCAAUUAGCUCGGCUACUUCUAUUGAUCUUUCAUAUAAUCAACUCUCUUGUGAGAUUCCUGAUUGUUGGAAUAAGAGUUUUGUUGAUGAUUUGCAUGUUCUCAACUUUGCAAAUAAUCGUUUCUCAGGGAAGGUUCCAAACUCUUUAGGCUCCCUAAUAGAACUUGAGUCAUUGCACUUGCGUAACAACAACCUUACUGGGGAAUUGCCUUUAUCACUUCAAAAUUGCACAUCGCUGAGUGUUGUUGAUUUUGGAGGAAAUAAGUUUACUGGAAGAAUUCCAUCAUGGAUUGGGGGAUCUUUGACAAAUCUGCUCAUUAUUAGCCCUCGACAUAACAAGUUCUAUGGGGACGUGCCUUUAAGUAUUUGCCAUCUCAAAAGCAUACAAAUCUUGGAUCUUUCUAAAAACGAAUUGACAGGGAAAAUUCCACCAUGCUUCAACAAUUUUACUUAUCUGAUGCAAAAUAGCAGUUCUGUUGGAAGUACUAUGCAAAAUCUAAUGCUAAAUAGUUCAUCAUUUCGACCAGGAAAUGAUUACUAUAUAGACAAUAUUUUGAUUCAGUGGAAAAAUCAAGAGUGGGAAUAUAGGAAGCAACUGGGACUCCUAAAAGCUAUUGAUCUUUCAAGCAAUCGACUGAUUGGAGAUAUUCCUGAGGAACUUUCUGGUCUCAAGGGAUUAAUUUUGUUAAACCUUUCAAAUAACCAUUUGACAGGAACAAUCUUUGUGACAAUUUAUCAAAUUGAACAUUUAGAGGUCCUUGAUCUAUCUCAAAAUCAACUCUCAGGUGAAAUUCCAAUUGGCCUAGCUCGUUUGAAUUAUCUUGAUGUUCUUGAUUUGUCGAACAACUUCUUGUCGGGCAAAAUCCCAACUGGCACUCAAUUGCAAAGCUUUGAUGUUUCUUCCUAUGCGGGAAAUAUUGGACUAUGUGGGGACCCACUUCCCAAAUGUUCGCCAGAUGUUCCUCCCCAACGUAAAAUCAAUGACUACCAAGAAGGUGAUACUUUUCUAGACAGGGAGUUUUACAUAUCGAUGGUGUUAGGGUUCUCUCUUUGCUUUUGGGGAAUUGUGGUCACUUUGGUGCUCAAAAACUCAUGGAGAACGGCCUACUAUGAGUUCUUGAAUGAUGUCAAAGAUUGGCUCUAUGUGAAAGUGAAAAUAUAUUUGGGCAGGCUACAACAAAAGCUUAGGCGCACAAGAUGCAUGAUUCAAUGAAUGAGUGACAAGAGAUUGGUUAUGUGCAAAUUGGGAAUGAAUAAUAAGUGCAGCAUUACACAUCAUUUGGAUGAAGCACUCUGUUUGAAGCUAUGUACCUUUCCUCCAUUUGUUUUAUAGAAAAAAGUUUGUAUUGGUUUUUUCAAUAAUUCCUCUUUAUGUAUGUUACUAAAAUCCCAUAUGUUUAUCAUAUUCUAAGAUAAUGUAUUAUCAUCA